UUGGAUUGAGCCUAUCACAAAAUCUUCUUUGGUAGAUUCAACAUCUGCUUCUUCACCAUUUUUUGGGUAAAUCUUUUUCUCAGUCAAACUUCCAAGAAUCUGAUUUACUUUUGUUGACUCUCAUAAUCUUGAUUUUUCUGAUUUCAUAAGAUUACAAUUUGGGGGUUUUGGUUCUUGACUAUCUGAUCUGAAAAAGAUUCAAUCUUUUUACUUUUUUGGACUUCUUAAAGUACCCCUUUUGAUUCAAAUUGAAUUUGGGUUUUUGGGUUGGCGUUGGAUUGACCUUUAGAUUGGAGUUUUUUUGGGAUGUAAUGGAAGAAAACGCAGCAGCUUUUCAUACUGCUUUAAAUGCGGCGCAGGCGUUAGGAAGGGGUUUUGAUGUGAAUUAUGAUACAAGAUUGCUUUACUGUAAAGGGGUGGCUGGGUCUAGGGUUGUAGAGAUUGAUGAAGACCAUACAAGGGAUCUUUCUUUAUAUGAUAACCUAGUCUUGCCUAAUGUUUCAAGGGAUAUUAAGAACUUUCAGGAGCCCGGCGGUCGUGAUGGCUCUAGUGUUUGCAAUUAUAAUGAGAUGGUGGAAUAUUUUAACAGAAAGGGUAGUAUUCCAGGCCAUGCUCCUCUUGGUAGCUUUAAUGUAGCAUUCAGUUUCACUGGUGCAAAGCAUUUUGAUGCUACCACUACAAAGACACUUUGUAUGGAUGGAUAUUUCAUACCACUUGCUAGGCUUCAACUUAUGAACUCACCGUUAGUAUUACAGGAAAGUGUUAAAAGAGCUGUCCCAGCAUCAUGGGACCCACCCGCAUUAGCAAGCUUCAUUGAAAAUUUUGGGACUCACAUAAUUACAUCUGUAACUAUUGGUGGUAAAGAUGUAAUUUAUGUUAAACAGCACCUUUCAUCACCUCUUUCCACAAUGGAAAUAAAAAGUUAUGUUCAUGAUAUUGGAAAUCAGAGGUUCUCCAGCACAGAAAACCUUACAAGUUCAGGUUUAUUGAAAUACAAGGACAAGGCUAGUUCCGUUAUUUUCUUUGUUUUCAAACUUUAUAUUUUAUUCCUUUAUUUUGUCUGUUAUUUUACGAAAACCGUUGUUUUAGACUGUUUCCUUUCAAAUAAAGUACUUGUCUUUUGUCUUCUGAUGUCUUCUUUAUCCACAAAUAUCCCAAUCCCUUUCCUCAAUUUAAUUGUGCAGUCUAGCGAUCCGUCAAUAUUCAAUAGCCAAGGGAUAUUUCCCCAGCCCACUAAUGCUCCAUAUAUUGCUGGAAACGGCAAAGAGGAUGUCACGGUCAUUUUUAGAAGAAGAGGAGGAGAUGAUCUGGAACAAAGCCACAGCCAAUGGGCAAAAACUGUCAGAUCUUCUCCAGAUGUCAUUGAGAUGUCAUUCUACCCUAUAACUCUUCUGCUUGAAGGAAUGAAAGGCAAGGAGCAUUUGGAGCGUGCUAUAGGUCUUUAUCUCGAAUACAAGCCUCAAAUUGAAGAGCUGAGAUAUUUCCUAGAGUUUCAGGUCCCAAGGGUAUGGGCCCCUGUACAGGACAGAUUUCCAGGCCAACAACGGAAGGAACCUGUUUGCCCGCAUCUGCAGUUCAGCAUGAUGGGACAAAAGCUCUAUGUUAGCCAAGAACAAGUGUCAGUGGGGCGUAAGCCUGUGACUGGCAUGCGACUAACUCUUGAAGGUUCCAAGUCAAAUCGAUUAUGCAUCUAUCUUCAACAUCUGACUAACCUUCCAAAGAUCCUUCUGCCAUGUUGGGACGCUCAUGUAGCAAUUGGCGCUCCAAAGUGGCAGGGCCCUGAAGAGCAAGAUAGUAGGUGGUUUGAGCCAGUGAAAUGGAAGAACUUUUCUCAUGUUAGUACUGCACCAAUCGAGUGUCCUGAAACUUUUAUAGGUGAUGAUCACUCUGGUGUGUACAUAGUGACAGGAGCACAGCUUGGGGUCUGGGACUUUGGAUCAAGAAAUGUGUUGUAUAUGAAGCUUCUGUAUUCAAGGCUACCAGGAUGCACUAUACGAAGAUCACUGUGGGACCAUACCCCGAAUGAUAAGUCGAACAAAAAGGUCAAUUGUGAGAAUAACAUUGGCGAUGCAAGUUCUGUUAUAGGGGAGAAUAUUAUAGGCAAUAAGUUGGCCAAGUUUGUUGACAUGACUGAGAUGAGUAAGGGGCCUCAAGAUCCUCCUGGCCACUGGUUAGUAACAGGUGGAAAACUUGGUGUCGAAAAGGGGAGAAUUGUUUUGAGAUUGAAGUAUUCCUUGUUAAAUUAUUAGUUGAUACUGCUUCUGAACACAUGCUGCAUUUUGUUCCACAAGGAAGUAGUAAUGGUGUUUUGGUGUAUAUGGUUCGG